AUGGUCUUCGCACAGCUCGUCGCCCGCUCCACCUUCGGCGCAGUCCGAUCGGCCUCGCGCACCCAGGUGCGAGCUCUCUCCAGCUCGGCUGUCGCUUCCAAGGACUUCAUCCAGGAGCUCUACGUCAAGGAGCUCAAGGGCUACAAGGCUCCCCCCAAGGCUGCCGACUCGCACAAGGGCCAGGUCCGCGAGUUCCAGAACCCUGCUGCUCCCAAGGCGCCCGCGGUGCCUUCGUCGUCGGAGCUCUCGUCGCAGCUCGAGGCAUACGCUGCCGCCGAGCCCGACCACGCCGAGGUGGCCGCUUCGUCGUCCGAGGGCGCGCUCACCGAGGGCGGCGACGUCAACGCCUUCCUCCGCGAGGCCGCUGCCGACGUCAAGGUCGAGGCGCACCACUAA